AUGGAUGCAGCCCUCAGCAAAGUUCUUGACAUUUCUUCAAAGCCUCAGUACCUGGCAGGAGGAGGAGGAAUGGGCUCUGAAGUUGUUGAAGUAAUUUGGAAAGAAUUUGGGACCUUUAUCAAAUCUCAAGCAACCACUCUGACACCACCAGCUGCUCUUGCAUCAGUGGCUGCUUCACUUACCUUCUGUUUGGGUCGGGAGAGCAGCAGCUCUACUUCAGGACUGAGAGAAGCAGCUUUAGGACUCUUUACUUAUUUUCUAACAAAUGAGGCUGUAAACCCACUGUGCACCAUACAGUACACAUCAUCACUUUUAGACCGACCAGGCAGUAUGUCCUUGAUGAGUAGUAUGUGUUCAGCAUACGAAGGUCUCUUGAUCUCUGGCUGGUUGUCAGCUCUAGUGAUUCUAGGAGAUUGUGAAGAAGUCAUAGUGCUCACUUCUAAGAUAAGGACUUUACCAAGCACAACAGCAGUUCUUCCUCACCAGCCACUUCCUUGUCCCUUUGCAGCUGCCAAGUCUCUGGUACGAGGAGUCUCUAAAAAGUUUUCAGAAACAGAG